AUGCCACGAAUUGCCCUCGAUCUGCCCACACAUCUUAUCGAUGUGCCAGCUGGUCUCAGCAGCGAGCGUUACUAUGUUCCUAUAUAUAAUAUCCCUUUUGGGGGUGCACGGGAGCUCCUGAGCCACUGGCUGCAGGACUGCGGCGUUGCGGAUUGGCAAUUUCACAAUGACGCUAAAUCAGGAUGGGUCUGCCUCGAGGGCAAGAAGGACUUUGAAGCUUCACUUGACAGGUUACGGGAGAUGAAGCGACUUCACCCAAAGCUCGAAUACUCGGCCGUCAACAAGUUGGCAAGUAUCAAACUCGAGGUCAUCGAUCACACCUCAACCCGGCCCAGGUUUGUCAGAUUAUAUCCCAGCCACGCCAAAAAGGCACUGGGGCGUAGUGAUGACCUGAUCGACUGGAUCAGAUUGGACCUGCCUAACAUUGACGUAAGCAGAACGCAGAGAGCCUUGCUAACAGGGCUCUCGUCCCGCCCGAACAUCCACGAGUUGAACACAUGGAUCCGUUCGAGGCUUGGGUCAGAUUGUCUGCUCGUUGUCGCCUCACGUAUCGCUCACAUAAGCUCUUCGCGUGUGUUGGUCUUCAUCUGCACCCUAGCCACGGCAAACGGUUUAUCUGUGGACAAGAUAGAAAAGUUCCUUGAUGGAGCAGCGUUUGGCAGCGAAGUCGUCAGUGUCCUCGUUGAGCAGGGCGACAGCCACAUUGCUGCAUCGGAGCGCCGACAAGAUGCAGCGCCUCUUGUCGCGUUGGGAUCGUCGAGAUUGCCGCCUCGCUGGCCUCGCAUAGUCUCGCGAUGGAAUCGCUGUCUUGCUGAAGAAAGACAGAAGCGUCAGUUAGAAACGGUCCACGAGUAG